CCGCGAAGUUAAGUUCUGGGCUCGCGCUUCCACUCCGCCGCGCCUUCCUCCCGGUUUUCGUCGGCUCGAGGCACGGACCUCGCCCCCCAAAUCUCGGACCGGCUCUUCGCACCCCCUCCCCCUCGGCCCCGUGUGGUGCGCUCGACCCCUUGGCUCUCCCGCGGCUGGGGGAGGGGUGGGGGUCACCAUGGCGGAAGCGCCCCAGGUGGUGGAGAUUCACCCGGACUUCCAGCCGCUGCCGAGGCCGCGCUCGUGCACCUGGCCGGAGUUUAGCCAGUCCAACUCGGCCACCUCCAGCCCGCCGGCGCCGUCGGGCGGCGAGGCCGCGAACCCCGACGCCAACGCGGGCCUGCCCUCGGCCUCCGCGGCCGCUGUCAACGCCGACUUCAUGAGCAACCUGAGCCUGCUGGAGGAGCCCGGGGACUUCCCGCAGGCGCCUGGCUCCGUGGUGGCGGCCGCAGCGGCCGCCACCGGGGGUCUGUGCGGGGACUUCCAGAGCCAGGAGGCGGGCUGCCUGCACCCGGCGCCUCUGCCGCCUCCGCCGCCCGGGCCGCUAUCUCAGCACCCGCCGGUUCCCCCAGCCGCCACCGGGCCACUCUCCGGGCAGCCGCGAAAGAGCAGCUCGUCCCGCCACAAGGCGUGGGGCAACCUGUCCUACGCCGACGUCAUCACCAAGGCCAUCAAGAGCUCAGCGGAGAAGCGGCUCUACCAGUGGAUGCUCAAGAGCGUGCCCUACGUCAAGGAUAAGGGUGACAGCAACAGCUCGGCGGGCUAGAAGAAUUCAAUUCGCCAUAAUCUGUCCCUACACAGCAAGUUCAUUCGUGUGCAGAAUGAAGGAACUGGAAAAAGUUCUUGGUGGAUGCUCAAUCCAGAGGGAGGCAAGAGUGGAAAAUCCCCCCGGAGAAGAGCUGCUUCCAUGGACAACAACAGUAAAUUUGCUAAGAGCCGGGGGCGGGCUGCUAAGAAGAAAGCAUCCCUCCAGUCUGGCCAGGAGGGUGCUGGGGACAGCCCAGGAUCUCAGUUUUCUAAGUGGCCCGCGAGCCCUGGCUCUCACAGCAACGAUGACUUUGAUAACUGGAGUACAUUUCGCCCUCGAACUAGCUCAAAUGCUAGUACUAUUAGUGGGAGACUUUCUCCCAUUAUGACCGAACAGGAUGAUCUUGGAGAUGGGGAUGUGCAUUCUAUGGUGUACCCGCCAUCUGCUGCAAAGAUGGCAUCUACUCUACCGAGUCUGUCUGAGAUAAGCAAUCCUGAAAAUAUGGAAAAUCUUUUGGAUAAUCUCAACCUUCUCUCAUCACCAACGCCAUUAACUGUUUCCACCCAGUCUUCACCUGGCACCAUGAUGCAGCAGACACCAUGCUACUCAUUUGCACCGCCAAACACCAGUCUGAAUUCACCCAGCCCAAACUACCAAAAAUAUACAUACGGCCAGUCCAGCAUGAGCCCUUUGCCCCAAAUGCCUAUGCAAACACUUCAGGACAACAAAUCGAGCUAUGGAGGUAUGAAUCAGUAUAACUGUGCGCCGGGACUCUUGAAGGAGUUGCUUACUUCUGACUCUCCUCCCCAUAAUGACAUUAUGACAGCAGUUGAUCCUGGGGUCGCCCAACCCAACAGCCGGGUCCUUGGUCAGAAUGUGUUGAUGGGCCCUAAUUCGGUCAUGUCAACCUAUGGCAGCCAGGCAUCUCAUAACAAAAUGAUGAACCCCAGCUCCCACACCCACCCUGGACAUAGCCAGCCAACAUCUGCAGUUAAUGGGCGUGCCUUGCCCCACGCGGUCAACACCAUGCCCCACACCUCGGGUAUGAACCGUUUGGCCCCAGUGAAGACAGCUCUACCAGUGCCUCUGUCCCACCCCAUGCAGAUGAACACUCUGGGGGCCUACUCCUCCAUGAGCAGCUGCAAUGGCUAUGGCAGGAUGGGCAUUCUCCACCAGGAGAAGCUCCCCAGUGACUUGGACGGCAUGUUUAUUGAGCGCUUGGACUGUGACAUGGAGUCCAUCAUUCGGAACGACCUCAUGGAUGGAGAUACUUUGGAUUUUAACUUUGACAAUGUGUUGCCCAACCAAAGCUUCCCACACAGCGUCAAGACGACGACACAUAGCUGGGUGUCAGGCUAAGAGUGAGUUAUGAACAGGCUACACUUAAAAGUACUUCAGAGUGUCUGACAGCAGGAACUGAGAGAAGCAGUCCAAAGAUGUCCUUCACCCCUCCUUUUCAUUUCUUGAUUAAAAAAAAAAAAAAAG